AUGAUGAAGCGUCGUAAAAGCAAAUUCGUCGUAAAACUCAUGGAAACUAGAUCAUCAAUGUGUAGUGAAGCCAAAGAGCUUUGGAAGGAGACAACCGCAGGAAUCGUUAGAGUUCUGUUCACUCACCUGGCACAGGGCCGCACACACGAGAUCUCCCUGUUAAAACUCCAGCACUCGAUCCACCACCAUAAGGUGAUGAUGAUGAAGAUAUUGUCGUUGUCGGUAAUGCGGGUGGAAGUGGAUCGAGUUCAGGAACCAACGGAUAAAUUGGAUCGCAACAUUCACGCUCAGGAAAUUCGCUGCAUUUGUGCAAUUGUACGAGAAACAGCCACACAAACGCAUGAUAAGCAAUCGAUCCAAUGCGACCCAUUCAGGUCAUUGAGCAGGGAAACAUGUAUUUGCAUACAGAAUAACUCGACUGGUUCAAAACUAGAAAAGUCGCAUGAAAAUCGAAAGAGUUGA